CCGCCUCCGCCUGGGCCGUGCAGCGGAGCUCCGUGACAGUUGAGGAUGGCCGGAGCCGAGAGCCCUGCCGGCUGCCAGGCGGAGCUGGAGCCCGUAGUGUCGCUGGUGGACGUGCUCGAGGAGGACGAGGAGCUGGAGAAUGAGGCGUGCGCCGUCCUGGGCGGCAGCGACUCGGAGAAGUGCUCCUACUCGCAGGGCUCAGUGAAGAGACAAGCACUGUAUGCCUGCAGUACGUGCACACCGGAGGGAGAGGAACCAGCAGGAAUUUGUCUAGCUUGCAGCUACGAAUGCCAUGGAAGUCAUAAACUAUUUGAACUAUACACAAAAAGAAAUUUUCGUUGUGAUUGUGGAAACAGCAAGUUUAAAAAUUUGGAAUGCAAAUUAUUUCCUGAAAAAUCAAAGGUAAAUUCUUGCAAUAAGUACAAUGACAACUUUUUUGGAUUAUACUGCAUUUGUAAGAGACCUUAUCCUGAUCCUGAAGAUGAGGUUCCAGAUGAGAUGAUUCAAUGUGUGGUCUGUGAAGACUGGUUCCAUGGCAGGCAUCUUGGUGCCAUUCCCCCUGAGAGUGGGGAUUUCCAAGAGAUGGUGUGCCAGGCUUGUAUGAAGCGCUGUUCUUUCUUGUGGGCUUAUGCUGGCCAGUUGGCAGUCACCAGAGUAUCUGCUGAAGAUGAUGGACUGUUGCUGAAUGUUGAUGGCGUGGGCGGUCAAGAGGUUAUCAAGCCUGAAAAUGGAAGUCACCAAGAUAACACCCAAAAAGAGGAUGUUUCAGAGCAUGAAAAGAGUGCUGGCAAGGAAGUUAAAGCUGAGCAGAAUAAUGAGCCAUGUACCAGCUCUAGUUCUGAGUCUGACUGCCAGACCGUUUCUAAGAAUGAAAAAACCAAAACUGAGCUGCAGUCUGGUUGCAUACUUCAGGAGCUUCAAGCCAGUCAGUUUGUGAAGAAGGAUGUUGCUACCUAUUGGCCCCUGAACUGGCGCAGCAGGCUGUGCACCUGCCAAGAUUGUAUGAAAAUGUAUGGAGAACUAGAUGUCCUGUUCCUGACAGAUGAGUAUGAUACAGUUUUGGCUUAUGAGAACAAAGGCAAGAGUGAGCAGGCCACCGAGAGACGGGACCCUUUAAUGGACACCCUGAGCAGCAUGAACAGAGUCCAGCAAGUGGAGCUCAUCUGUGAAUACAAUGACUUGAAGACUGAACUUAAAGACUAUCUGAAGAGAUUUGCUGAUGAAGGCACGGUUGUUAAGAGAGAGGACAUUCAACAGUUCUUUGAAGAAUUUCAGUCUAAAAAGAGGAGGAGAGUGGACGGGCUGCAGUAUUACUGCAGCUAGAGGGAGUGCGUGCUUCCUCACUCAGAUCCGUGGAAAUGCCUCUGCUCUGGAGUAAAGAGACCUGUGUCACACUUGGUCCCCUUCCCAUCUUUCUGUGGCCUCAAGCUCCCUUCUCCUUAACAGUAGCCACAGUGUCUCAACAAGCGUCCUUGAUGACUCAGCUAAACGCACCUCAUUCCACAGACUUCAGCCUUCCUAUCCGGGAUACCCAGGGUUUUUGCUUAUGUUUUAAGAAGUUUGAUUUGAUCUUGGGAAAGCAAAUUGGUUUGUUUUUUAGCAAUUUUUCUAUGACUCCCAAAUAUGUGUCAACAGAGCUGUUGCCUUCUGGGUCCUCUCUCUCUUGCAGGUUCUCUUCCUGUUAGCCUGAACUUGCUUGGGGGACCAUCCCCUCUGCCCCCAUGAUCACGGUGCCUUGGGUCCCAGCUUCCUCAAGCCUGUUCUGCUUCCUGAGGUUUGGUUGGGGCUUGAAGGGAUUUGGGAACUUUCUCUGAACCAGCCUUCAGAGCACUAGGGCUGCUGUGGUGUCUGUCUGCCAUAGGCAGGGAGGUUUACUCGUGGUGAGACUGAGGAAGCAAGCCUUUGUUCUGAAUGUCGCUGAGGAAUUUAAAGUUUCACCAGCGUUCUUUUGGCUCAGACAUCAGCGUUAGUACUGGAAUGCUGGAGGGCUUACAGGGAAUCCACCCUUAUCUGAGUCCCUUUGCUGCUGCCUAAAAUGACCAGAUCCCACCCCGUGACAUGUGGGUGCUUUACCGAGUCCUCUGCUUUCUUACAUUAUCAGGGAUAUGCAGAAGCAUGUAUUAAAAAAUGGACCUAUUUUGAUAUUCUGUGUUAAGUUAUUUUUCCCCUUGAAUCUGUGCUGAAGGCGAAGACACUGACUGACCUUAGUGUUGGUGAGUGGGGCAGUGACACUGUCCUGGAAAAGAGACUGAAGAGGGUUCCAGACAAAGCCCUCAGCUGCACACAGGUCGAGUUUUUGUAUGGAAACAAUGUGCACAGCCACUUCCCCCCUGGAUGAAGUCUGAAAAUCCUCACAUAGAUGGUUGUAUAAAACUCGGUGUUUGAGGGAAGUCUUUCAGGUGGUGUGAAAUCUUUUCACAGUCUAUGUGGAAGACAUCUUUUGAUCUGCAAAGCCCUAAGUUCCCCCCCCCUGAGAGGAACAAGGUCUUCCGUAGCACACUGUGAGGUACAUUAAAGGCAUUUUAGGUCACAUAUUAGUAUGGAUAUUUUUGUGUGUGUGCAGCAGUUGUAUGCAUGAAUGCUCGCUAAUUCCUGGACAAAAUGAAGGGGCCUACAAACAAGGCCUCAGGAAAUGGCAUGGCCCCUGUGCUGUAGCCUGCAGCCCCCUAGUGACAGGUCCUGUGAAGCUUGUUGUGCAGAGCUGGAAGGUUCCUGGCUGCAGGCAAUGCCUGUGUGCACUGAGCUAGCCUCAUGGAGAGGGCUCAAUUAAAAACCUCAGGUGCCUACAGCCUGGGCAUCUUCUAAGCUUGAGGAUAUUUUGAACUUGAGAGUUGCACUUUCCAUGUUCCAUCAUGUCCUCAAAAUUUGUAUCUUCCCAGAUGUCCGAUUUACUACCAAAAAAUUGCUGUCUGCCUGUGGCAGGUCAGAACCAUGGCUCGGCAGCAGUAUUAGUGAGCAGCAGCAGUUCAGAUGCCCAGUGCUAAGGGCUUGUCUAGGAAACCCCUUUUUGUACCUGUUCACAACUAGUUUCUUACUGACUUGGCCUGUCUCUUCUCAUAGAGAUGGCUUGGGCCAACAUGUGGCAGUUGAUAUUAAUGCAUGUUUUAUGCAAAACAAAAAUGUGAUACUAGUUACUUUUAAGGAAUUUUGGCAUUGUAUGUACAUUUUUGUAGAAAUUACUACUGGAUUUAACAUAUUUCAAUCAGGUUUCUGUAAAGUCCAAAUUAAACCAA